UUUAAAAACCCUCGAGGCAUCAGUAUUAGAGUUGCCCUGAGGUAAAUAAGUCAAAGAGAUGAUUCUUGCUCCCCCUCACGAACCUUUACACUCCUAAACGAGACAAAAGAGACUUUUGGAAGACGCCGCUGAAGGGGGUUUGGUUGGUAUGGCGGAGUCGAACAGCGCGAGUUUCUCUCACGCGACCCCGAACGGGUCCAGUCGCCACGAGAAGAGUUUGGGUCUCCUCACAGUCAAGUUCGUCACUCUGCUACAGGAGGCCAAAGACGGGGUGCUCGACCUAAAAGUGGCUGCAGACAGUUUGGCAGUCAAACAGAAAAGAAGGAUCUAUGAUAUUACCAAUGUUCUGGAAGGAGUUGGGCUCAUUGAAAAAAAGACAAAAAACACCAUUCAGUGGAAGGGAGAGAGUUCAGGAUGCCAGCCUCAGGAAGUUCUGGAGCAAGUGGAACAUCUCAAGGCAAAUAUUGCUGAACUGGAAGUUCAAGAGAGAGAGCUGGACAUGCAGAAAGCGUGUCUGCAACAGGGCAUCAAACAUCUGAAUGAAGACCCCUUGAGUUGCAGGUACAGCUAUGUGACACAUGAGGACAUAUGUGAUGCGUUCAGUGGAGACACUCUUUUAGCUGUUAUGGCACCAUCAGGGACACAGCUGGAGGUCCCGGUACCUGAGAUGGGCCACAAUGGUCAGAAGAAAUACCAGGUGAACUUGAGAAGUCACUUGGCUCCUAUCCAGGUGAUGCUAAUAAAUAGAGAGUCGAGUUGCUCCAAGCCCGUGGUCGUCUCUGUUCCUCCUUUAGAUGAAAUCUCUGCCAUGCCAACUCCUCCUAGUACUCCAGCGGGUCUGCAGAGGUUCCCAAUAUCCUCAGCAGAGCUCUGUGAUCUAAAGCGCAGUCAGCUCAAAAGCCCUGCAGUGGAGCACCAGCUCACACCGUCCUCCACACCGCCUGAUGUGCAUAUGGAUUGCAACCCAGAGACCCCUGCUAGUCAGUGUUUGUUGAUGCAGGAGUCUCUAGGUGAUGCCGAAGCCGUUGAACACCAUCAACGGGAAAUGGGGGGUCAGGAUCUACAGUCCAUGCUGGAUGAAAUGAGGGAGGAGAGGGAGGGUGUUUCUGACCUCAUAGAUGAAUUAAUGUCAUCAGAUGUUUUCCCCCUGUUAAAACUUUCACCCAACCAUGGCGUGGAUUACAAUUUCAACCUUGAUGACAACGAGGGAGUCUGUGACCUUUUUGAUGUGCAGAUUCUUAAUUAUUAAGGCAUGAUACAUGCCACACUGGCCCACACUUGCUUUCAUGGGUGCUAAUAAGUGUUCCCCAACUGCCAACGGCUGCAUUCCUGCCUCAGUGCUUGCUCCCUGAACCUUGCACUCAGUUUCACAUUAGUUCACGUUUUAUCUUUGGAUUUCAUCUUUCCCUUGGGUUUGCAAGUCUUUAACAGUGUUUACCGAUCUGCCGGUCUCUCUGGUGGGAAGAGAAGGAAAAAUUUGCACCCUGGCCAAAACGCUUGACUUUGGGAACAUGCACCUUCCGUGUCCAUUGCCAGUUUGUUUGUCCCCAACACAUUUUUUCCAGUUUUGUGGUUUCCCUUAUUGUUCUUGAUGAGUGAUUGCUUUCGUAAAGGCGAAUUAAAGGUGUCUUGAAUGUAGUUUGAUAAUUCAAAACCACCCACACUUGAUACACAUACUGUAAGUUUUUACUGUACGCUUGUUGGAACAUGUGCCUUAACACCCUGUUUGUUCUGCUUGUCCUUACUGUGCCACCCUGACAUAUUUUUUAGGAUAUUUAUAAACGGCUCUAACUUGUUGUCAUUGCAUAUUAUAAGCUGGAGCACUAUGAAGAUGUGUAAUAUAAUUUAAAAGUACACGCAAAAUAUUUUUUGUAAGAUUUCAAUAGAAUAGCAUGAUUAUUUGUGUCUAAUUAUUUCAUCAUUACACUAAUUACUUGUAUAUGAAGAUUGUUGUUUUGUAGUCACUAUAAAGCUCCACCAGACAUAUUUAUAUUGUUCUUAUUUGAAACUUUAUGUCCUGUUGGAGCAUCACUAUAUUGUUAAUUUAGUUCCAGAUAGGCAAUUAAAGUUAUUUUUGUAGUUUGUUUAAAGGCAAUUAUCUUGCAAAUGUAAAGAGAAAUUACUAUAAUUUAUAGUGCUCUUGAAGUGGAGGACAGGAUGUUGUUAGACUGCCUCAGAUGUGUAAAAAUAUUACAAAAUUGUGCCUUUUUCUUAAUUUUCCAAUCAAAGGAGCAAUGCUAUGUUCUGUUGCACUUUUUUUUACUUUACCAAAGUUUUAUAUAAACAAUCGACAUUGCUGAAGUUUUGUGUUUAUUUUUCUUUAAUUAUCACUAUAAUAUAAGCCACAUGAUGCAUAAAUAUGGGUUGUGUCCAAAUUUGUCUUUUAAUACAGCAGGCCACUUUAAGGUCUUGGUUACAUCUUUUGAUGUAGCAUCAAGUGUGUUUAUUAAUUCUUAUUUUUCACAAAUGCAGUAUACAUUUUUUACAUUUAUAGUCAAAUUAAAAUUUUCCUGAUAUUUUGCACUGUCAAGCUGUACCCUGGGCGGCACCCUUUAAACAUAAAGAAGGAAUAAAGAUCAGAGGUACACAUUGGUACCAAAUCUGCA